UGCCAUCCACUUUACUCACUCUUUAGUUUCCAAUAUAACAAUAAUCAGGCCGGACUCUCAUUAUAUCCCUAUAAAUAUUGGCAUAGAUUGAUUUGUGAAGCACACAAUCACAUAUUCGUAAUCAUAAUCACAGAGCUUCAAAGUUAUUCUCUCCCGUUUUUCUUUCGAUCGAUCACAAUUCAAAAUUAGGGUUUCGUUUUCCUUUUGUUAUUGCGGUUUUUCUCUGUCCUGAAAUAAAACUAAAUCAAUGGCAUCUUCAUCAUCAUCAUCAUCAUCAUCAUCCGCUGCAUCAUCCAAGAAGGUGAUCUUGAAAUCUUCCGAUAACGAGGAAUUCAUCGUCGACGAGAAUGUGGCACUACAAAGUGAGUUAAUCAAGCGCUCGAUGGAACAUAAUUGCGGCAACAACGUGAUCCCUGUGCCGAAUGUGACGAGCGCGAUCCUGGUGAAAGUGAUUGAAUACUGUGAGAUGCAUAUUGGUUAUACUACUUUCAAGAAUUGCGAUGUACUUAAUUCUAUUGAUGCUCACCCUUCUGUUUCUAAUGACGAUAAACUCGAGAUGUGGGAUGAUGAGUUUGUUGAUGUUGACCAGAGAACCCUGCUUGACCUGCUCAUGGCUGCACACUACCUGGAAAUCAAGUCUCUGCAUCGUUUAACCUGUCAAACUGUCGCCAAUGCGUUUCAAGACAAUGACCCGGAGGUGUUGAGGAAGAUCCUCAAAAUCGAGACCGACUACACUAAGAAAGAGUUAGCAGAGAUUAAGAAGGAGACCAAGAAGUUACUUAAGAACGACUACACUAAGAGAGAGAUAGCAGAGAUGAAGAGGCAGAACAAGCUGUUCCUUAACAACAACUACACUAAGAAAGAGAUAGCACAGAUGAAGAAGCAGAACAAGCUGCCGCCUUUACCAUAUACAAUUAAAUUUGAAUGAAGUUCUUUAAAUGAUCCAACUUCAUUGCAGCCGCCUUUACCAUAUACAAUAAAGUUGUUAGAUAUCAAGAAUUCAAGAGUUGCUUCGUUUUCGCCGCAACUAUUAGUUACUAAUUCAACUUGUUUGUUUAGUUGAUUUUCUUUUUAGAUUGGAAUUAUUUUGUUAUUUUUGGUUUCUACUGUUGCUAUCGUCAUGUACAAUCUUCAGGUUGAUCGUUAUAAUAGUAUUUCUCAUUCUGAUUUUUAA